GCGCACAGUAAGGACGUGUGUACCCAACGCCUCCGAAACUUCUUCCGAAAGUUCGAAACAAAAGUGGCCAAAUUAUUUUACAAUCGUGUAAAACAAGUGUGCGUUUAUUUGUGUGUUAAUGUUCUGUGACACAGCCGCAUAAUGACAUGACCAAAUCCUGACGUCAUAGUCAACGGUGCCAAACAGAGAGAAGCCAAAGAUGAUAAAUGAAAUGAUAUCAUACCUACUCACAUGAUUUCAAUAUCCAACAUAGCACAGACAGAAAGUACACUACACAACUUUACAUAUAAACAUGUCGCCAGUAAUUAUAACACUAGCUUCAACAAUGCAGUGCUAUUCGACAACGGAACACGUUUCGAUGUGUCGAAUCAUUCGUACGGAAGCGAGAAUUUCACGGAAUACGCUGAGAUUCCGUAUUACAUAAAGGCGACAUCAAUGACAUUUUGCAUAGUGAUAAUGUGUUUGGGGGUGAUUGGGAACGUGAUGGUGCCAAUCGUGAUAUUCAAGACGAAAGAUAUGAGGAACUCGACGAACAUUUUCUUAGUGAAUCUGAGUAUAGCGGAUCUGAUGGUGUUGUUAGUGUGUACACCGACUGUGCUUGUGGAAGUGAACUCUAAGCCGGAGACAUGGGUGCUUGGGAAAGAACUAUGUCUAGCAGUACCCUUCGUGGAGCUGACGGUAGCUCACGCUUCAGUGUUGACGAUCUUAGCUAUCAGCUUCGAACGAUACUACGCAAUCUGCGAGCCGCUGCGUGCAGGAUACGUCUGCACUAAGACGCGGGCGACGCUCAUCUGCGCACUGGCGUGGUUCUUCGCUGCGCUGUUCACGAGUCCAAUUCUGGCCAUCGCUGAGCACCACGAGAACAGACACGACGGCUCCAUCUCCUUCCAAUGCCUGACUCAAGCCGUCACCUUCUGGCAGAUCACCUUCUUCGUCAUGGUCAUCAUCCUCCUCUACGUCUUGCCUCUCAUCAUCCUCAUCAUUCUGUACAGCGUCAUCGCCAAAAACCUCAUCACAGCUGCCUCCAAAGUCGUCAUGAACAAAACCGUCGACCCUUACAACGCCAGAGCGAGAAAACAAGUCAUUCUCAUGCUAGGAACAGUCGUCUUAUGCUUCUUUCUAUGCCUCAUGCCUUACAGAGUCCUAGCUCUAUGGAUAAUUGUAACGCCCCAAGAGAUUUCAGAAGAAAUCAGCCCUGAGAAAUGGUACAAUAUACUAUAUUUCUCUAGAAUAAUGUUGUAUAUAAAUUCAGCUAUUAAUCCAAUACUCUACAAUCUCAUGUCGUCAAAAUUUAGAAUAGGGUUUUGUAAGAUCUGUGUGUGUUAUAAAAGAUCGUCUGAUAGGAUCCAGAACAGAGCCCAGAGGACGAUUACGAAUGGGUCGACGACGAGUAGUAGUUUAACAAGGACUACUAAUAGUCUUAAGAAGCUAUUCACCCACCGAGGCAGCUUGGAUAAAAGUGACACGGAGUCAGAGAACAGAGAAAGCAAAGAUGAAACCAAACCAAAUGGCUUUUUCGAAAGAAUAUUCACAAACAAACGUUUCAUACGUCAGCAAUCAGCCCCAGUGUGUGCGAAUGUAAAACCAAAAAUAAACAGGAUGCGAAGCGAAGGCAACGUAUUCGAAGUCACCGAUUUAGAUAAAGGGACAGAAAACGAUACUGUAAAGUUUAUAGGUCAUUCCAAUAGUGGUAAAACUAACACAGAUUUCGAUUUAGAUCGGAACAGAGGUUCUUUAAGACGUAGUGUACUGAUAAACAGUGCUAAAGCUAAAAGUGUAGAGGAUCGUAAGAAAAUAUCUUACCAAAAGAUAAAAGUAGAAAGUGUAGUGGGAUACCAGAAUACUAAAAGUGUUGAUUAUGAUUUUCCAGAGAGUUUUGUGUGAUUAGCAAUUAUAUUAGCAAAUUUAACAUAUAACAUAAACAUAACGUGUUCAAUUUUGUUGCAACGUCUGCAGGUGUUUAAGUACCUUGCUUUAUGAGAUUCUUUCCGCCUAGUAACAAAGACGAUGUUUUUGUAAAGUAAAUACCCUUACCAUUACCAUAUCUCUAUCACUCAAUCGCGCUGCAGCCGUGCGACUGUCGCGCUAUAAGAUAAAUCCAUACAACUUCUGUCACGAAUCGAACGUUGCAAAUCGGCUUAACUGUUAUUUGUAUGGGAUAUUCUGAUGAUGAUUUUAUUAGAAACUAUAAAAGGAAAAAUGUACCAUGUUCAUAGUCCUAAGUAGGCAUAAAAAUAGACUGUAAUGGUGACUGAAGAAUUUCUGAGAAUUCUGCCAAGACGUCGUUUAUGGAAACCCAGCUUGACACACACGGAAAAUCAAGUUUAGUAACAUAUACACCAUCAAUGGCAAUUGAUUUUGAGGCUAUUAUUACAGGUGUAGAUUAUACUAUUCGACAAAAAUGUCCACUUGAUAAUAACUCAGAAUCAUGGUCUGAAUAAUCCCCCUCAGUAUUCGUUACGAUGUCACUCUUUAUAUUGUAUGUAAGUAUAUAUUUAUGUAUAUUUAUCCUCUACCGAAGGUUUUCUGGAAGAGAUCGCUUUUAGCGAUAAGGUCGCCUUUGCUUUUCGUUUUUCCUCGUACCUGUUCUGUUCUGUUUGUGUAUCCAAUAAAAUGUUUAUUCAUUUAUUCAUACACAACAUUUUUACGUUGCCGCUCGUUUACAUAAUGUGUUUGAAUUAGGGUUCAUCCUUCAAUAUGCCUCUUCCGUGUCUCGCCACAUCUCCAAAAGCCCGGCAUAACUCGUAUAAACCCAAAAAGUAAAGUAACAAGAAGCCUUGUAAAUAAACUAAAAUAAUAUUAAAUUAGUAGAGAAUGUGUAAUAUUUU